AUGGGUGAUACGUUUGCUACGCUGCCGGAGUUCUUUGAAACGGAACUUACGGAAAGCCUCAGAUCACGGACAGAGUCGCUUGUCUCUUUCCGCGAGCUUGGACCACCAGAUCUGUGUCAUGUGCUCAAGUCAAACGGACGCAAAGACCUAGGCUCGUAUCACCUCGUGUCUGGUGUGGAUGCAUCAUCAUCUGCGACACUUGCCACGUACAUUACGAGCCUGUCCUACGAGUUGGAGCAUAGCACAGCUUGGAUUGGUAGCAAGUCUACUUUUAAGCUCAAGGGAGGCGUAUAUUGCUGCUUCAAUGCUUUCUCGCGUGUAGACCUACGUGUCGAGGUUUGUAUUCCUGGAAGUGUACAAGCAUACACGGUCAAUGUUCGCGGUGAACGCGGCGAAGCAACGCCAGAGAUUUGGCAGGAGACAUAUCUAUCUGGUGUCUUGCGCGCUAUCUUAUAUGCGGACGAUCCAAACUAUUCGUUGUUGGGCUACAGGAAAAUUGAUCCAAUACCGACACCUGAUCACGAAGUGCGUUUCCUUAUGGCUGCGGAGAAUCUAUUUUUUAAGGGAUGGCAACUUGGGAGUGAGCCUGAAAUUCAGGUGGCGACUAUUGUAAACAACCAUCUCUCGGUAGGCAUUUUCAAGUACUUCGGCGAGUUGUCGCGGUAUGAACAAGCAGUAAAUCUUUUUGAAAAGCUCUGGGCUCGGGAACACGAAGUUGCUGCUCUUGUGGCAAAAGCAUAUCUUGGAAUGAAUGAAGAAAUCAAGGCUGUACAGAUUAUGCAUAAGUCGCUCCAGCAAAAUCCUCACAGUUAUGUUGUGUUGCAUGUUGAAACCGACUUUUUACGAUCCAAAGGCCAGUUGAUCUGGGCGGUUGAAUUGGCGAAACAGGCUGUCUGCUGUGCACCGAGUGAGUUUGUAACGUGGGCAAAGCUUGCUGAAUGCCACAUUGAAGCCGAAAAUUGGGCAGAAGCAUUGCUCACACUGAAUUCCUGCCCUAUGUUUACUUACAACGAAUAUGAUCUUCAUCGCAUCCCUCCGGCCGCACGCACACACUUCCCUAUCCCUCCUUUGGCCCUUCAAAGCAAGAUAUUGGAUGAAAGUCAACUUGGAAAUAUCGAGACCGAUCCCGCCCUAAUGCGUUUGCCUGCACCUGCAUUGCGUGGUACUUUUGCUUGCGCCUAUGCGAUUUUAACCAAACUUGUCAGUAAGCUCGGCUGGGACGAACUGCUGAGGUAUCGAUCAGAAGUGUUUGUAAUGGAGGAGGAGUAUCGAAACCAGAGCACAAAGCCUUCGUCGAAGUCCAAUAAUACAACUCAACACGAUACGUCCAGUGGAACGUUAGACAAGUCCAAAGAGGGGCAUUGGCUUUCCUUUACUGACAAGCGACUGUGUGAACGUUGGCUUGAUAACUUGUUUAUGGUUCUUUAUGAAGACCUACGCAUAUUUACGAUUUGGCGCGCCGAGCAGGCGCAUUACGAUGCUCAGUCUCUUCCGUACGAGCGUCCAGGCUCCGAUUGGGAGAUCCUGGGUGAGCUGGCAUUGCGACUUCAUCAUCCGGAAGAGGCACAUGAUGCAUUUGUGCAAUGUAUCCUGACCAAAAAUAGCCCCAAAGCCUAUACGCAUCUGUUGGAGUACUUCACUAAGAUAUGCAACGUUGAGAAGGCACUCUCUAUGGCCAUGCAUCUGACUGCGUAUAACCACCGCUGGUACGGUGAUAAUGUGUUUCCAGGCACAGUCGGAAAACAUCUUUUCCAACUUAUAAAGGUGGAGGGUCUUGGAAAAGUUUCCAACACACUUGUUUCCAUGAAGCCUCGACCAGCUAUGCUUCGUCUCAUGCAAUGGUACUUUUCAUAUGCUCAAGAUUUCCGAUUGCCAGGUUCUCAGUCAUGA